AUGAAUCUUAACAACAAAUAUCAACAGGCACAAGUUCAAGGACAAUCUCAGGCAAACCUUCAAGCUCAACAGAUUUUGUUGCAACAAUUGCAACAAGGCUCUCAACUGCAGCCUACAGGGUCUCUUGCUGCUGGCCAGUUUAACCAACAGAGUGAUUCGUAUGGUGAUUCGUUGAGCCAAGGUUUGUACCAGAACAACUAUCAGAGAGCACAACCACCACAAUUGCAACAGCAGUUCUUCCCUCAAUUUCAGCAGAACCAGCAACAAAACCUGGCUUCAGGCCUGCAAUUGCAGCAACCAUAUCAGCAACCUCAACCUCAACUGCAACAGGGCCAAUUGCCCCUGCAAUAUCCACCACUGCAGCAACAACUUCCACGUCAACCACCUCACAUUCAGCAGCAGUUUUUCAAUCAACAGGCUGCAGCAGUACAAGCUCAGCAACAACAGGCCCAGCAACAGGCCCAACAACAGCAGGUUCCUGCUCAAAAGUUAAAUUCAACUAAUGUGGAAAACCCAAACACUGUAUACUGGCAACAUCAACAACAAUUAUGUCAAUUAUCGAGAAAUGCGAACAUUCCUCAUUACUAUGCCAGACAGUAUGCCUCAAACUCUAGAAAAAACAAGAAUCCGUAUAAUGAAAUCAAAUCAGUUAGCUUAAUUGAUGCGACCAAAACGAUCAUUGCGGCAUUAGAAGAACAAGAGAAGGCCAAGAAGGCUAACAGUGCAACUGCAACUACGCCAACCACCACUUCUGCAUUAUUACAUAACAAAAAAUUGGCACAAGACUUGGAUGAAGAUCAUAUUCAGGAAGAACAAAGAAUGAGACAAAAGACUCAGGGAAAACAAUUAUGGUGCCAAUUGGACUUAUGUGGUCAAGGUUUACUGAACAUGUCCCCCAAAUUGUUCCAGUACGACUUUUUGGAAUCGUUGUACUUGAAUAACAACAGGUUGACUGUUAUUCCCCCAGUUAUUAGUAAGUUGAGAAGUUUGAGAACCUUGGAUUUAUCUCAUAAUAGAAUAAGUGAAGUACCAGCGGAGUUAGGUUUGUGUUACAAUUUAAGAUAUCUUUAUUUGUUUGAUAACAAUAUCAAAACUUUGCCACUUGAAUUUGGUAACUUGAUUGAAUUGCUCUUCUUGGGUGUUGAGGGAAAUCCAAUGGAUAUAAAAUUAGCCAACUUACUUUCUGAAAAAGGCACUAAGGAGUUGAUUUCCUAUUUGAGAGAUUCCACAACCUUGGGUAAACCAAAGCCAAGAGACUGGUUACUAUUAGAAGAUGAUGGUGAGGUUAUUGACCCAAUUACCAACCAAGCGGCCUAUACCAAUGAAACCCACGAACCUGAUACUUUUACUAUGGUUUCUUACAAUACCUUAUGUCAACACUAUGCUACCCCCAAGAUGUACAAGUUUACACCUUCUUGGGCUUUGGAAUGGGAAUACAGAAGAAAUACUUUGCAAGCAGAGAUAUUGGGCUUUGGAAGUGAUAUUUUAUGUAUGCAAGAAGUUGAAACCAAAACAUUCAGUGAGUUUUGGGUUCCACUUUUGGCAGAACAGGGCUACAAAGGAGUUUUCUUCAGUAAAACUCGUUCUAAGACUAUGAGCGAAAUUGAUUCGAAGAAAGUUGAUGGGUGUGCCACAUUCUACCGUACGAAUAAGUUCACAUUGAUUCAAAAGCAGAACUUUGAAUACAAUAGUGUUUGCAUGGGCUCAGAUAAGUACAAAAAGACCAAGGACUUGUUCAACAGAUUUAUGAACAAGGACAACAUUGCAUUAAUCACUUUCUUACAACAUACUAGUACUGGUGAAAAGAUUGCUGUGGCGAAUACUCAUUUACACUGGGAUCCCGCAUAUAAUGAUGUGAAGGCAUUGCAAGUCGGUAUCUUAUUGGAAGAAAUGCAAGGGAUCUUGAAGAAAUACCAUCACACUAAUUCCAUUGAAGAAGUGAAGAACGCAUCAUUGAUUGUAUGUGGAGAUUUCAAUUCUCAGAUUGGAAGUGCUGUGCAUCAAUUAUUCUCUACAGGUGCAGUGUCGAAGCAUGAAGAUUUGGAGGGCAGAGACUACGGAAAGUUUACAGACGAAGGAUUCCGCCAUCCAUUCAAGAUGAAGUCUGCGUACGACUCCAUUGGUGAGCUUCCCUUCACCAACUUCACACCAGGUUUCACUGACGCUAUUGAUUAUAUAUGGUACACCACUCCUACCUUACAGGUUAAAGGUUUGUUAGGUAAGGUUGAUGAAGAGUAUACCAGCCACUUGAUUGGUAUUCCUAGUGCACACUUCCCAUCUGAUCACAUUCCUCUUGUCACCAAAUUCCAGAUCAAGAAGGGAUCGGCCAAGAAGCCUGAUUUCAAGCCUGACUUCAAAUCGGGGCCUUCCAGAAAGACCUAA